AUGGCCCAGACCCCAGCUGACCUUGUCAUAGGCCGUGAUCCUUCUACUCGACUACCUCCUGGCGCAACGCCUCCUGAUCGUGCAACAUGGGAACGUACCAUUGCAAGUUUCUGCAAAAAAAAUCGUCUUCCCAAGUUCAACGGAGCAGCUACCAAGUGGCCAGCGCAUCGUCAGCUAUGCCUUGAAAUCUGCGGCUGGGGUGAUUCUGAAAAGCAUGAUCCAAAAGGCCGCAAUCGAAAGGCAGAUCCCGAGUACCCCACCACCAUUCAUACCAUGGCCGCAGCUCGUGCUUUAUUUACAGGGGAUCAUAAGGAAGCCAUACAGAUCCUUAAGAAAGCCAGCACUGCUCACCCUGAACUCUUGUUCGUUUCUUUGGCCCUACAGCUUAUGGGCAGUGGGGACAGCACGCCUGCCAAGAACAAGGAACAGCUUGAUUUUGAUGAAGCUGUUGCUUCCAAAACUGACCCUUACCUCCGAGCAAUAUCAUCACUGAUUGCUACAGGUGACUGGACGGCUAUAGCCAGCCAGCUAUCUCUUCCCCUUUCUGACCGAGUUUACGUUGCAAUUCGCAACUUUGACGAUGAUCAGCUCACACAGUGGCUCAACAAGCAAAUCACAUUGGCGAUAGCAGACGGCGAUAUAGAAGGCAUCGUCCUCACAGGUAUCACAGAACCCAUGGUUGAUAUUUUUGCCCGCUACAUCCAAAAGUUUCAUGACGUUCAGACAGCGACCCUCGUGCUGUCCAUUUGUGCACCGAGAUACAUAGACGACAUUCGCUGUCGAGCCUGGCGCAACACUUACCGUGCCCAUCUUCAGCGCCAUAAACUCUUCUUCCAGCGCACAAAGUUUGACGUCGAGUCAACCAAGCGUUCGAAACGGGACGGCAUCCCCAAAUUGAAACCACCAUCACGCCAAAUUGCCCUCCGCUGUGUUUUCUGCGACGCCGAGACAUCACUCGCGAAUACUGCCAACCAGCCACCGCAUCUCGGAGGUGCCUCUUCUGCGCAAGCAGCAUCGGCUCUCGAGUCUCGAAACCCACUUCUCGCGACGAGCAUCAAUGCGGGUGUGAGUUGUCCCAACUGCGGUCGACACCUCCCGCGUUGUGUGGUCUGUCUCGAGAUCGUGGGCGUCCCUCGUUCCGACAAGCCAGAAGAGAAGAGUGAGUCGAAGAUGGCUGACACGUUGAGUGCCCUGUACCUGAAUGCCGAUGCCGAUGCAACUUCAGAGCGAACCCUGAGUUGA